CACGCCCCCUGCUGUGAGCACUUCCGUUCUGGCAGCACUGAGGCUCUGCCUCUUCCGGAAGCGCUUCCGGGCUGGGCGCUGCCGCCAUGGGGGUCACCUGCGUGUCGCAGGUGCCGGUGGCAGAGGGGAAGAGUGUGCAGCAAACAGUGGAGAUGCUGACACGUAAGCUGGAGCUGCUGGGAGCCGAGAAGCAGGGUACCUUCUGCGUGGACUGUGAGACCUACCACACCGCUGCUUCCACCAUCAGCAGUCAAGGGCAGACGGGCAAGCUGAUGUACGUGAUGCACAACUCCGAGUAUCCCCUUAGCUGCUUUGCUCUCUUUGAAAAUGGCCCCUGCCUCAUAGCAGACACCAACUUUGAUAUCCUUAUGGUGAAGUUGAAAGGCUUCUUCCAGAACGCCAAGGCAAACAAGAUAGAGAGCCGGGGCACUCGCUACCAGUACUGCGACUUCUUGGUGAAGGUGGGCACAGUUACGAUGGGUCCAAAUGUCCGAGGGAUAUCCGUGGAGGUGGAAUACUGCCCCUGUGUGAUAGCCAAUGACUGUUGGAACCUGCUUAUGGAGUUCAUGCAGAGCUUCAUGGGAAGCCACACGCCCGGCAUCCCGUCUGUUUUUGGCACCAAGCACGACAGCAUCUACAGCCCAGCAGACACGAUGGUCCAGUACAUGGAACUGUUCAAUAAGAUCCGCAAGCAGCAGCAGGUGCCUGUAGCGGGGAUCAGAUGAAAGGACUUCCUGGAGCUCAGUUUGGAGCAACUGCGUCCCCUUUUCUGCCUGCUCAUGUGGAUCAGGACUCCCUCCAAACGGCAGCGCUGGAGGUAGCCCAAGGUUUAACUUUUUUAUUUCUCAGCCUCUUUCUCAUGUUUCAAAGCAAAGAUCUGGAAUGCAAUGCGUCUUCCCUGUUGACCCGCUUCAUGUUUUUGAGGGUGUCUGGGAUUUGGCCCAUGGUUCUUUGUACAGCACUUUGUGCGGGGGAUUUCUGUUCAUCACCAGAAGGAGGAAAGAGAAAUUCCAUCCAAACACAUGCAAGGGCUGUGUUUUCUUGGCUGCAGACAGCCACACAAGAGAUUGUUUUGGAAUUUGUUUUCACAUUCCUAUGUGAAAGUGUCUUGUUACUUUUCAUCAAAAUAAAAAGGUGUAUUUUUUUGAGGAGAUGGAGUCUUUUACACAGCAAGAAUCGCGCUGAUUUGUAUUGUUCAUUUGACAGGCUGUUGGGGUUAUGCCUAUGUCCUGGGCACAGGACGGUUGCAGGGAAGGUCUAACGAUGGUGUUAGGAAGGAAGAUUUGCAAGAAGGACAGGGGGUUUCUCGUAAAGAAGCAGAGUGCACCUUGCUCGCAGAAAAUAGUUUUGGUUCCUUGCUAAUACAGGGGUCUGGAAGAGUCUGGAGAGUAAGGAAAACAGGAAUAGACUUCUCCUAAAUAGAUUUUUCCUUCUGAAGCAGUCGGGGGGAAGAAGGUGGAUUAUUACUUGAUUUUUAGAGAACUCUCUCUAGUGGAGAACCAGUUAUUUAGAUAUAACUUCUUUGUGAUUACUAUUUAUACCUGUAAGCCUAAUUAACUGUUAGAGUGCCUAGAGUUUUUUGUGGGGGCAUUUAAUAAAUUUAAUCAGCACUGAGUCCAGAAUGGUCUGGUUAACGAGCCACAAUAAAUGGCACAACGUACUCAAGCGUAAUAGAAAUUCCAACAUGCUGCAUAUACUGAAUUAUUGCAACUCUGGGCUCAAGUUCCCAACGUGUGCGCUGACUUCAGCGGGACUAUUAAUUUUCAGGGAUGGAGGUUCAGUGAGAAUCUGGCCUGCUGUCAUCCCACAGAGUUAAGUGUGACUGGAAAAACUUAUGAAAACAAACUCUUGUCUUUGUAGGAAGUUAUUUCUGUCCCGUUCCUCCUUUUAAGCCUUAAGGUUAAAAAAAAUUACCUUUUAAUGACCAGAUUAGUCAUGCUGAAUGUUGCUAAUGCUCUAUUAAUUCCCGAAAGAUGAAUUCUGUAACCAGAGAUGUCAAAACUCUGGUCACAUGUCUUAAAAACACAGAAUGUGUGCUGGAACCUCUGGGGACUUCUGUGCUCUUAUUAAUACAUUGUACUGUUCCUGGAGUAAUAAAGUGGGACUCCUUGA